UAAAGGACAGCGGUGGCCGCGCCCCUCGCCGUCGCGGACACUCUCGACUCCCCUCCAGGUGUCCAGGUCUGCAGUUCCCUCGUCUUCAGAGGGUCCUUUUGUCGUGGCGUGGGCCACACAAGCAGGCGGAGGUUGGGUGUGAAUGGACCAGGCCUGGGAUGGAGCCUGCGGGCCUCGGCCAAGCACAGCCAGCGUCCAAGUGCGGGAGCUGAGCUCGCAGGGCCUGCACAACCCCCAGCCUCGGAGCAAGGCCCCAGGCCACCGUGGGCACGGCCACAGUGGGCAGCUGGCAGAGGAGUGCCUGUCACCCGCCAGGCUGCAGGCCCUGGCCCAGGAGGAUGACCUCCAACUGGUGAGCGUGUUGGAGAUGUGUGUCAACACCCGUGAGAACAGCCUGGGGAGCUUCGGGCUGCACCUGCCCAACCUCAGCCAGCUGAAGCUGAAUGGCAGCUGCCUGGGCUCCCUGAGGGACCUGGGCACCUCCCUGGGCCACCUGCAGGUGCUCUGGCUGGCUCGCUGCGGCCUGGCUGACCUGGAUGGCAUCAGCUCCUUUCCUGCCCUGAAGGAACUCUACCUCUCCUACAACGACAUCUGGGACCUGAGCCCGCUGUGCCUGCUAGAGCAGCUGGAGGUGCUGGACCUAGAAGGCAACUGUGUGGAGGACCUGGGGCAGCUGCGUUACUUGCAGCUGUGCCCGCGGCUGGCCACGCUCACCCUGGAGGGCAACCCACUCUGCCUGUGGCCAGGCCCCGGCCCAACCCACCAGGUGCCCCGAGGCUACAACUACAGGGCAGAGGUCAGGAAGCUCAUCCCCCAGCUGCAGGUCCUGGACGAGCUGCCCGCUGCGCACACAGGCCUGCCGGCCUCUCGGAAGCUGGACCAGGACUGGUUCCUGGUGAAGGAGGCCAUCAAGGAGGGCUGCAUCCUAGACAGCCUGCUUCCCAGGCCAGAUCGAACCCACGGAUCCCCCAUGUGGAGCCUGAGCCCUGAGCUGUGCCUGCCUGAGACCCAGCCGCGGGCCCCCAGGCGCUGGCCUCUCUCCCUGCUGGCCCCCGGGGUCCCCCUGCCUGAAGGCCUCCUUCCCAAGGGCCCGGCCCCAGAGGAUGACGCCAGCAACCUCACCCAUGGCACCGGCCGGGUCCUCUGUGGGAACCCCACGAAAGGCCUGCAGGAGCGUCGGCACCAGUGCCAGGCUGGGGUGCACCCAGAGAAGCUGCCGCUUCCCAGGCUGGAAGAGCUGGCCCCCAGGGCCUCCGCCCCAGGGCCUGACCCUGUCAACGAUCGCGACCUCCUGGCCUCGGCCGGGCUUCAGGCUUUGAGGGAGCUGCACCUGCGCCCCCUUCCCAGUAGGUGCCCAGAGUCCUGGGAAGAGAGGGCCGCAGCCCCCUGGGGCCCACAGAGGGGCCCUGAAGAGCAAGAGGACAAGGCUGGGCCCAAGCCUCACUGCAACCCCCCAAGCCUGGCCCCAGAGUCUUCCAGGACCUCGGGGUACAACCUGAUUCCCUGUCCCCCCAAGUCCUUCAUGCCAGACCGGGGCCGCAGCUCCUGGGGGUCCGCAGAUCUGCAGUUCCGGGGGCGUAGGCUCAGAACCCUGGGUAGUUUCGGGCCUGGCCUGGGUCAGGGGCUGGCUCCAGUGACUGCUCUGAGAGCCCGAGAAGUGACCUCGGGCCCCAGCCCUCGAGCAGAGGGAUGUCCAGGCCCAAAGCCAGCCCCAGACUCAGCAGCCAGACCCGCAGCCUCUGGUGCAUGCCGCACCUGACACUCACCACCCCAGCCCGACCCCACCCUCGUAUACACCCCUACCCACUGCCAGGCCGGCCUGGAGGGUGGCCAAGGCAGGGCAAUUGUUGGAGGCCCAGCGUGCACUCCGGCCUCAUAGAAUCCAGAGCACCUGGGCCAGCGUGCUAGGGAGGGAGAAGUGGCACAGGAGAGGACCCUCUUGGUGGGGGGAAGUCAGGAGCUGGGACCACCAACGGUGGAGAGGUAGAGCCCAGGAUAGAAUGCACAAGUCCCCACCACUGGCCCAGUCACCCACCUCUUCCGUGAGGCCUGGCCUUCCCUGAGGAGCAGGCUUGGGAAAGAGCAGGUUGGGCCCUGGCCAAGGUGGCUGGAACUGGGCCCUGCCAGCCCUUGGCCAGCCCUCCAGCCACCCAGGGCUCUGAGCCACCCUUGGGCUGCUGCGGUCCCAAGUAGAAGCACUUGCCGUCGGCCAACCCUGGUGGACCGGUGGGGUUCCCCGCCUGGGGAUGGGAGGACCAGCUCCCUCCUCUUGGGGCUGGAUACCCAGAAACCAAACGAAUCAUUUUCGACUCUCAGGUGUAUAGAAAUGCGGUUUACUUGGUAGGCGGCGUUAGUUCAAUAAAUUAUGCAGCCAGCGC